UGGACAUCAUGACGAAAGGGUCGCAGCCACACGCGCAGCGCGAUGGAGAUGUGACUGCCCGAAGGUACAAUCUUUGCUGUCGCAAGGCCGGCGGAGGAUGAAUUGAAGGAAUCGCGUUCGGAACGCGGGUGAAUUCAGCGCUCCUCACCGAGCGAAGCCACAGACGGCUCGACUGACGUCGUCGCUCACAAUGCUCUAUAACUGUCGAGCAAUUAGUACUGUAAAUACACCACAGAAGAACACCGCUUCGAAAAGAGUACGAAACAAUCGUCUCUAGCUCAUCUAACCAUCGCAAUCACGAAGCUGGGCUACUAUACAAACGCUGUUCCUCAUCGACUCUCAGUGCAACAAAGCGUACACGCGCAAUGGCAACAACAGCAAACCUCAACUUCAUUGCCGACAACGUGGCUCGGCUAUUCGGCAUAAUGCUGAUCGGUCUUGGCACGACUACACAGUUCCGGCCUCUUGAAGGCGCCAGAGUGUUUGCUGGCUCGAUCGCAACAGACGAGAAAGCGGCUCUCUUCUUCCCAAUAGUGGGCGCUCGUAACAUCUCCCUCGGCCUCGCCAUGCUCAUUCUCGGCCUCCAGGGCCAGAGAAAUGCGUUAGGCACGCUCAUAGCAGUCUUCACGCUCAGUGGGGGCAUCGAUGCAUGGUGGUGCGCGCGCAAUAACAGUGAGAAGUGGGCGGGCCAUGCAAUUGCCACGGCAACAGGUGUGCCGCUGAGUUGGUGGCUUCUCAGCCACUGAAGAGACAUGUUAGCACUGCUCUGCCUCGAUGUUGUUCGCUCAUGUACGGUUAGGGUCCUUAAUCAGACCCCAUUCCACCGCCCAAUGGCUUGGUGGCGGUCUCUGCACGAUACCCCAGCGUUGCAUCUCCUCUCGUUCGUUCAUGUUGAUGGGAUCUUUGGCAGGCUGAUAGUGCUCGAAGUCGACUAUUGAGCACGUCUUCGUCUGGUCGCACCAGAUGAUGUUCCGAAGUGCGCAAUCAUAAGGCGCUAUGCGGACGCGCCAUAUACUUUUUAACCGGGUGAUGAAAGCCUGCCGUAUCUCGUCCUUUACCUCAUCAUCCCGGCUCCAAAAUCUGCCCGCCAUGAUAUCUUGACCCGGCAUCUUCGUCAUGACGGUGUAUGAAACGUAGCCACCUGGAAACGG